UUUCUUCCCCCCGUCUCUCAUCCUCCUCUCGAGUCUCGACACCGAACCCAAGACGAGAGGCAUUCGUUCGCCCAGCGCAAGAUCCAAACUUCCAAACCCCUCUUCUAGUAUCCUCCUCCUCCUCCUCGCGGCUGCUCCUUCUAGUUUAGAUUCCGCCAUCCCGAUCCAAGAGUAGCUAAUCCGGUGCCGCCGGAGCCCGGACAGCCGCCACACCCGUCGUUGCCUCCCACCUUGCGCCGGUUCCAGCGCAUAGAUCACUGCUUGCAAUUCCAGGAUCUCCUUCUGACGUUUGAUUUUGAAGGUCCGGUUCCUCGCAAAAACAAAAAUAAUAUCCAAAGGUCCGGAGACUGAAGUUCUGAUGAUGCCUGCGACAAAUGGACUAGUCCAUGCAUAUGCUAAGAAGCCAUUGUUUUCCUUUGGUGUCAUUGCUGAUGUUCAGUAUGCGGAUAUCCCAGACGGCCGCUCAUUCCUUGGUGUUCCACGCUACUACCGUCACAGCAUCAGUGUUCUCCAAAGGGCUGUCAGUACAUGGAACAAGCAAGGAAAUAUUAAGUUCUCGGUCAACUUUGGCGACAUCAUUGAUGGAUUCUGCCCAAAAGACAAAUCGUUGUGGGCGGUGCAGAAGGUCCUUGACGAGUUUGAUAAAUUUGAUGGUCCAACCUACCACAUGUUUGGCAACCAUUGCCUCUACAAUCUUCCUCGCAGCAAGCUAGUGGACUUGCUGAAGAUGCCAACGGACUCUGAUCGUGCGUACUAUGACUUCUCACCAUGUCCUGAGUACAGAUUUGUUGUUCUGGAUGCCUAUGACUUCAGUGUGCUUGGUUGGUCUCGUGAUCAUCCAGUGACUGCAGCAGCCAUGAAGCUCCUGGAUGAAAAGAAUCCAAACACCGACAAGAAUAGCCCAGAUGGGCUGGUUGGUGUUGAUAGGCGGUUCGUGAUGUUCAAUGGUGCAGUUGGCAAGGAGCAGCUGUCCUGGCUGAAUGAUGUCUUACGGGAUGCAUCAGAGCGCCGGCAAAAUGUCAUCUUAUGCAGUCAUCUCCCAAUGGAUCCCGGUGCAGCAUCCCCAGCAGCUCUUAUGUGGAACUACGAUGAGGUCAUGGCUAUUGUUCGCCAGUACAACUGUGUUAAGGCGUGCUUUGCGGGGCACGACCACAAGGGUGGCCACUCCGUCGACUCCCACGGUGUGCACCAUCGCACUCUUGAGGCUGCUUUGGAGUGUCCUCCUGGCACAACUGCAUAUGGAAAUAUCGAAGCAUAUCCUGACAGGCUAUUGCUUGUAGGCUCUGAUAGAAUGGCUGAUACUGAAAUGUGUUUUCAGACCAUGUAGUGAGAUCUGGCGCAGAAUAAACUUCAUGUGACUUCAUUUUUUUAUGACAAUCGACGACAUUGUUAAAUGUAGAUGACAUGAAUACUGGCGGAAAAAUAAUGCAAUUGUUGUAAUGCUUAGUUCCCCCUUUGGGAACUGCUGAAUGGACAUUGUUGCGUUCUGAAUUUCUGAUAUCUCUAUUGGCAUAUAUGAUUUACACA